UUGCAAUUUUUGAAGGGUUUCAAUAUGAAGGGUUGCAAUCGUGUUAGGCACUUGGCGAUAAUUCGAGAGAUUAUUAAAGAUCUAUUAGAGAUCUCGCUUAUAAUCAGUGAUGAAGUUCCAAAAUUUCUCCAAAAUCGGUUCCAGUUCUGGAACUUGUUCAAAAGCUUCAUCAAACAAAAUCCCUUCAUUUGCCUCCUAAUACCCCUAGUCCAGAAUAUCCCUCUUAAUCCCGCUAAAUCUCUCAAUAUAAGCUUAAUCCUCUGUAUUCCCCAUAAUCCCUUAAAAGCCACUCUUAUACCUCUGAUCCAUCGAUGUCAAACACUAGUCCCCUAA